GCUAGUUUAAUGCUAAUGUCUCUUUGAUGACAGGAGGAGCUGAGAGCCGAGGAGGCAGCAGGUCAGAGGGGACAAAAAGACGAAACCACGCCGCCGGAGCCUGGAUUUAGCAGGUCAGUUGCUGUGAGAGGAGGAACCUCAGAACUGGAGCCAUGUUGUCGGCGGAGGAGAUUCUGUGCAACACUCAGCAGGUGAUCGCUGGGCUAGAGGCGCUCAGAGGAGAGAACCGCAGUGUGCUGGAGAACCUGCAGGUGGUGAUUGAGAGCCGGGCAGCGCCAGAGAGUGGCAGCGUGGAGCAGGAGAAGAGCGGCAUCGUCCGCCAAUCACUGGAGAGGAUAGAGCUGGGGCUGAGCGAGGCACAGGUGAUGAUGGCCUUGUCGGCUCAUCUGGGUUCACUGGAGGCGGAGAAACAGAAGCUGCGUGCUCAGGUGCGUCGUCUCUGUCAGGAAAACCAGUGGUUGAGGGACGAGCUGGCAGGAGCUCAGCAGCGGCUGCAGGACAGGGAGCAGGAGGUGGUCACCCUCGAGGAGCAGAACCAACACCUGCAGUUCAUGUCCUCCAUACGCAAAUACGACCUGGAGGAGCCACAGCUGGAGGACAAAGACACAUCUUCCACCAAAGAGUCUCUGGAUGACCUCUUUCCCACCGAGGACGAGGAACAGUCGCAGAUGUCCCAGCCUCACCACAGCAGUGCAGCGGCCGCAGCCCAGCAGGGCGGCUACGAGAUUCCCGCCCGCCUUCGAACGCUCCACAACCUGGUCAUCCAGUACGCGUCCCAGGGUCGAUACGAGGUCGCUGUGCCACUCUGCAAACAGGCUUUGGAAGACCUGGAGAAGUCCUCAGGCCACACCCACCCAGACGUAGCCACCAUGCUGAACAUACUGGCGCUGGUAUACAGAGACCAGAACAAAUACAAAGAGGCAGCCAACCUGCUGAAUGACGCGCUGGCGAUCAGAGAGAAAACUCUAGGAAUGGACCAUCCGGCCGUGGCAGCAACGCUCAACAACCUGGCAGUGCUUUAUGGGAAGAGAGGGAAAUACAAGGAAGCGGAGCCGCUGUGUAAAAGAGCUCUGGAGAUCCGAGAGAAAGUUCUGGGUACAGAACACCCAGAUGUGGCCAAGCAGCUGAACAACCUGGCUCUGCUGUGUCAGAACCAGGGGAAGUACCAGGAGGUGGAGCAGUACUACGAACGCGCUCUGCACAUCUACCAGAGCAAACUGGGCCCGGACGACGCCAACGUGGCCAAGACCAAGAACAACUUGGCAUCAUGCUACCUGAAGCAGGGCAAAUACAGACAAGCUGAAGCCCUUUACAAAGAGAUUCUGACCAGAGCCCAUGAAAAGGAGUUUGGAUCUGUAGAAGGCGAUGGUCGUCCCAGCUGGUCCGGUGCGGAGGACAGUGGAUCCGGACAGGAUGGACUCAGUAGCCUGAAGCGCAGCGGCUCUUUCACCAAACUCAGAGAGUCCAUUCGCAGAAGCAGCGAGAAACUGGUCCGCAAGCUGAGGGGAGUCGGAAUGGAGGAAACUACCCCGAGGAAUGCUGGAAUGAAGAGGGCGAACUCUCUGAAUAUGUUGAACGUUGGAGCCAGAGAGAGUCAGGACGGUGUCCAGAUUUUUUGGGAUUGGAAUCAAACACAUCUUCCAUUAUUAUCAUCAGUGGUGCAGGAAGUAUUCAUCGAGCCGCCUGACGGAUGUUCGAGGCCUGAGCUCCAGCACGCAGAGCCUGACCAGAAGAGGUUCACUCGGUGGUUGCAGCUAGCGCAUGCACACACACCUCCUCACCAGAUUAACUGGAAAGAUAUUCACAACGGUAUCGCACACCAGUGGAUGUCCCACUUUGAGUCCCCUCAAGAAAAUGGUCUGAGAUGAUUGUCACAAGUGGAGACAUUAUCAAAACUCUUAAUUUAUUUACGAUCGCUCAUUUGAAAAAGUAAACAAAUUCCCGUUUCCUUGGCCAUUGAGGAAGUGUAGACCAGUGAGGUCAAAUCCUGACUCCACUUGGACAUGUCUUUAUUGCACUAUAACCUUUCCUUCUGUUCACUUGACAUGUAAUAUUAUUCUUUCCUGGAUUUAGGUUAGAAACAACUUUCCUCAGAAAUGAAACAAGAGAAUCAUGUUUGAUCGCUUUAAAAUAACAUUCACACUGUUUUACAAAAGGCUGUCAGGAUGUAAAUGUUACAUUUGGUUUAAGAUGGAGACAUUAAACUAAACUGCAUAGAUGUGUUUCGCCUUCACAAUGUGCAGGUCACUCCGAUCAUAUGACGCUGUCAAAGCGAUUCAUAAAACAAGUGUUCACUGGAGCCGUCAUGUUGUUCCACAUUACGGGAACGCAACGACCAAUUAACAACUUUAAAAAAAGAUUUAAACAUUAUUUUUAAAACACCAGCUGUACAAAAUGAAUGCACAUACCUGACGGUACUAUUUCUAAAAGAUGGAUAUUAAUACAUUUUAUUAAGACAUUUACCACAAGUUUAUAUGUAUUAUGAUCAAUUAAACUAGUUGAAUAACCUUUCUUAAUUCUUAAGAGGUUCUUUAUGGUUUUCUCAUGCUGAGGGACUUACUUCUAAAUCAUUUAUGAGCCAAUCUCUGAUAAACACAAAGUGUAAAGUGGUUUUGUGUGAUUCUUUGUGGAGAAACUCUGUUAAUUCAAUUGGCAGGUCGAGGUCAACCCUAAAUCAAUACUUCAAUAUUAAGACACAUUUCAAUAUUUAAAUCAUGCAUUAGUUGCAUUGUGAGUUAGACAAUUCAGAAAAGAGUUUUCAGCUAUCUGGAUACACCCAAGUUAUUGUUGUGUGCCUGAGUCAAUGUUGAUGACCUUGAAUUUAAUUCAAAGGGAAACAUUUCAGAUUUACAAUUGGCUUUGUAUUGUUGCAUUGUGGGUUGGAUAACAAUGUUCUGCUGCACACAAUCCACAAAAGGGUCCUUAAAUUACUCAAAGCCACAGAGGUUAUACAAAGAUGUUUCAGCAAACGAGACAGAAGACAUUCAAAGUAGGCGGUGACCCUGUGAAGGUCAAAAUGUUGCAGUCCAGAGUGUUGGUAGCCAACAUAAUGCCAUUUCUAUUUCACUGACAUGCACAACUCACUAUUAUACUUUAGUAAACCAGCAUUUAAUAUGAAAGAGAUUUAUUUCUGCUCUUUAUUUUUGUUUUAGCAAGAAUUACUUGAAACUCCUGAAUGUCUUUUGACAAUAAGCAGACAAAGCGUCAAAUAACUAAUUUUAAAACGCAUGUAAUCCUCAAAUGUUAAAAGUAAGAUACUAAUGUGUGCGUGCUGCUAAGAAAUCUUAGCUUCCUGAAAAUGUUACGAGCGGAUUCUUGUGGAUUUUCCCCCCACAAAACUCAAUCUUCCAUUACAUUUUUUUAUUUUUCAAACAGUGUAAUUUUCAAAGAUGGAAAACGACUGAUUGUACAUUUACUGUGGUAGAAAAUGUCACUGCCAUUUCAUGUAAGGGCUGGAACACACUUAGUUUACUGUAGGAACUACAGUGGCUUUACGACACACCUGUAAGAAAACAUGUAAAGAUAGGGAAAAUACACAUCUCCUGAAGCUGUGUUUAUCCUGGUAAAUAUGAAUGUUUCUAUUUUCUAUUUGAAAAACUUGAGCUGAAAUAAAUUACAAAAAAAGGUGUCAACUAUA